AUGCCACUUGAAGAUGGCCAUUACUACAAUGGCGGACCCCCUCCCGGGGAGACGUACGAUUUUGACUACUCGCAUCGCCAUCUGUAUACGGCAAAUAUGGAGGUGAUUUCGGCGGGCUUAAUCAUCAGCACAAUGUCUAUUAUCCUUGCUUGGGUGUUUUCUCUGGGCACUCAGGCAUGCGCCAUCUAUGGAUAUAAACAUGGGGGCAUGGGAAUUCACUUCUGGAACGUGACACCUGCGGUGUAUGACGUAUAUGUCAAGGUAUGUUCUUCGAGAAUUAUCCAGCCCAAGUUAAUGUAUCUAGGUCGUUCUCUCCGCAGCAAUCAUCUACGUUCCGCUCUGGCGUUUGCAAAAAUUAGCCUGAUUAUCCUUUACUACCGGAACUUGUGUCAGAAACGGUACCAACAAUGGAUUUUGUACGGCAUCGCGUUUAUAGUCAGUAGCUACAGCUUUGCGCUCGGCUUGGCCUUCAUUUUCGGCUGCCACCCAAUCCAGAAAGGUUGGGAUAUAUCAGUCACAGGGACAUAUGUUAAUCAAUACGCGCUGUAUGUUGCAACAGCCGUUCUGAACAUCAUCUCUGAUAUUGCGUUGAUUUUGGUACCCAUCCCAACGGUGUUGGGGCUGAACAUGCCGGGGUUACAGAAGUUUAGGCCUUUUGCUGAUGUUUAUGGUUGGCUGCGCAACUCUCGUAACCGGCAUCAUCCGUCUAAUCACUUUGAUCCCCUUUCUCAUUCCUCUGACCCAACUUACAAUAUUGGUCGACCAGACCUGUGGAUCAACAUCGAGGCCAACUUCGCCAUCAUCUGCAGCUGCCUCCCCUUCCUCCGCUACUUUCUGCGCCGCUACGCCCCUCGCUUAAUCGGUGAAAACAGCAGUCUUGCGCGUCGUUAUCACAGCUACACUUAUCACUAUACUGGUGGAAGCCGAGCCCGGCGAAAGGAGGGCCUUACGCAGCCACAGGAUGAUAUUGAGCUUGCCGAGAACGGAGGAAGUAUCAAUGCGCCCUGUUCUGAUGUCGAUGGUAGCGCAAUCUGA